CUCUAACCUGGGGCGUGAGAGUUCACUUUAUUAAAUGUUCGAUUUUCAGGCCACUUUAUUAUUAUUAUUAUAUUUUCAGCUGCUUUCAGCCAAAAGAAAAUGACGUUUCAGUAGUUUCUGCCAAAUAUUUCAGCGUUUCAGUUCUUUCAACUAAAUUUCUGUGACAAUAUUGCAAUGCUUGUGAUUUUUCUUCAUCAUAAUGGCGCUAGGUUUCCAAGUAGCCGCUGGUAAACAAAGAGUUGGUACCGAAACACCUAUUAUAGGAGUACUAUCUCAGGAAACCUAUAUAAUAUCCUCUUAUUUUCCUAAUGAGACGUACGAUAGUUAUAUUGCCGCUUCCUAUGUCAAGCAUUUGGAGAGUGGAGGAGCCAGAGUAGUACCAGUAUGGAUUGGUCAGAAUGAAGACUAUUACAGACGAGUAGUGAACUACACAAAUGGACUGCUUUUUCCUGGUGGUGGAACUUAUUUCAAUGAAACUGGUGGUUAUGGUGAAGCAGCCACCCAUCUCUACAACAUAGCCUUAGAAUACAACGAUAAUGGGAUAUAUUAUCCAAUAUGGGGUUCAUGUCUGGGGCUACAAGCCCUCAUGUACGCCGCCCUGAACGGUACAAAAGACAUAAGGGUUGAUUGCUCACUGAAAAAUAUAGCAGUACCUUUAGAAUUCUCUGAUGGCUACCAAAGCAGCAAAUUGUUCUCCCUGGUACCUAAGGACGUUAUUCAGACGCUGAAAUCGAAAAACUGCACGUAUAAUCAGCACAGGUACUGUCUAACUAAGGCGGUACUCAAAGAGAACGACUUGCUCAACGAUUGGAACAUCUUGGCUACGAAUAAAGAUGACAAUGGAUUAGAGUUCAUCAGCGCGAUGGAACAUCGCAAAUAUCCUGUUUAUGGCGUCCAGUUUCAUCCGGAGAAGAA